GAGAGGUUGGACUCGGCCGUCGCUGCCGACCGCGAGGACAUCGACGCGCUGUCGGAGGUGAAGGAGCGCCUCAAGUGGGCCAUCCACGGCGCCAGGAGCCUCGGCGCCACCGAGGACGAGCUGCGGGAGGCCGAGGCGGUGCGGAAGAGCAUCCACAACCGCAUCGAGGACCUCAAGGGCUCCAUUCGCGUCUUCUGCCGGGUCCGGCCGCCGAGCGGCCGGGAGGCCCACGAGCAGCGGGCGGCGCGGCAGGUGGAUCCGCUCACGGUGGAGCUUAGCCAGGAAGGCUCGGAUGUGCGCGGUUCCCCGCAGGUCACGAGGCACCUGUUCCACUUCGACGCUGUGUUCUCUCCAGGGACGCAGGCGCAGGUGUUCCAGGACUGCAGGGAGCUGGUCCAGUCGGCGCUGGACGGCUUCAACGUCACCAUUUUCGCCUACGGCCAGACGGGCGCCGGGAAGACCUUCACGAUGGCUGGCACGCCGUCCAACGCUGGAGUCGCCCCCCGCACCAUCGAGGAUCGACGAUUUACAGGGUCAUGGACGCAAAUCGGAGCGUGCACGAGCACUCCGUCACGGCCUCCGUGCUGGAGCUAUAUUGCAACGAGGUCCACGACCUGCUGGCCGGGCCGGCGAAGCCUGCCGUGCCCCCCGCCUUCGGUCAGGGCGGCCGGCGCGGCACCGCUGGCGCCGCCGCGAGCCCGAGGGCGAGCCCCAGGGCGGCGCCGAGGGCGUCGUCGGUGA